GUUUUGUAUUGACUUUUAUUACAGUUAAACAUCUUCUAUGAGCUACAUUUAUUUUUCUCGUUCCUGGAAGGAAUUAUUCAGUCUGAUAUAAAAAGAAAAGAAUUGAUAUAAAAAGAAAAGAAUUGUCCUCCUUCCAUCAAGUGGAAACUUGCCCUGGGGCAUCACUCUUCUAGCCAGCUUUCACAUCUUUAAAUAGGCUGCUAUUUUAAUUCAAAAGCAUAACGUGCAGCCCUGAAGGCUUGAAGGCAUGCAGCCCAGAUUUAAUGCAAGGGUCAAAUGUCCUGACAACACUCGAACAUACGGGGUCGUGGUGAGUAAAUCAGAGAAGACUAACGUCACCUGUGGUAUUCACUCUGUUGUGUUUGACACACAGGCUGCUGAGGAUUUCCAUGGAUUAUGUUGUUAAAUAUCAGUGAUAUUAAGCUUUUGUGAUGUUUUUUUUUUUUUUUUCAGUCAGUUCAAUUAAGUUGUUUAUAAACAGAUAAAAAGGGUCAUUUUUCCACAUCUGAAGUCCAGGCGUCUUGUGAAAGGAAGAAGCAAUGUCUUACUCAUCCAAGCUUCCCGCUUCCUGGAAUGAUGAACGACCACGUCGGAAAGUGGAAAUCGAUCUGAGCUCGCCUGGUUUGGCAGUGUUUGAGUUGGAAAGACUGCUGUUCACAGGCAAAGCCAUCAUUAGCCAUGCAGAUGAGGUGUGGCCGAGGCUUUACAUCGGGGACCAACACGGCGCAGAAAACCUUGCGGAUCUGUCCAGGCAUCGCAUCACUCACGUCCUGAAUGCAGCUCACAGCAAACGAAGGGGGCAACCAACCACAUACGAGCAAAUGAAGAUCACCUACAUGGGCAUCGAGGCACACGACUCCUGCAACUACGACAUGAACAUCAACUUUCAGGCCGCAGCAGACUUCAUCCACAGAGGACUAAGCACAGGAGGGAAAGUUCUGGUGCAUUGUCAUGUGGGAGUCAGUCGCUCUGCCACCCUGGUGCUGGCUUACCUGAUGCUGAAGCAGAAGCUCUCUCUUGUGGAGGCUAUUUGUGCUGUGAAAGACAAUCGGGGUGUGAUCCCAAACAGAGGUUUCCUCCGACAGCUCAUUAAACUGGACAGGCAGCUCUUUGGCAAACAUCAUUAAACCACGAGAAACCACAAUCUCAAGAAUGUUCACAUCUGAAAUCAGUUCAUUUCUUCUGGUCUGGACUUAAUGUGUGCAAGGACGUGAUCCUAAAAACUUUUUUGUCUUUUUUGUUGUUUAUAGUUUGACGUCUUAGAAUGUAAAAAUGAAUUUAUUUCCCGACUUACAGACAUCCAAAACUCUCUAAAAUCCCAAUGUGAAAACUCAUGAAGGUUUUUAAGUAAUAUGUAACAAUCCACUUCUGUUACAUAAAGACACAGUUGAUAUUUGAUCAGAAGGUGAGCGUGUUAGCUGAUAUAGUCUCUAAAUAUUUUCUGGAAUGCAUUUAUACUAUUUGUACCUAUUUUAGAAAUGGAUACAAGUAGUAGCUAUUUCUAAAAAAGGGGAAACUCCUUGUAUGCCAAUAUAUUAUCUUCAAAUUAAAAGAAAAUUUGCUGUACUUCAAGAGCUGCAAAAAUGUAGCCUUUGUGGCUGAAUUUUACCUGUUUACUAAAACAGGUAAACAAUUUGUUUGUUUGGUCUCCAAACAAACAAAUUCAGUUAAUUUGUCCAACAUUAAAACCGUUUUUAUUCAUAAAACCUGCACUGAAUAUUCUUGUUGUGAGAGAGGGAGGAGCUCAGAGAGCGAUUUGAGGCAACUUAGGAUAGAUGUCUAGUAGAUGAGUGAUAAGAAAAAUUCUAUAGUUUUUUUAAUGGAAUUAAAUUGUAAUAUAUUUGUAAACCUAAUGAAUAAGCAUAGUAGUUGCUACAGUGAUGUAUUAGACUGGUUUUGAAGACUUACCCACUGAUAAAAUAUGAGCAUCAGUAGGCAGGAAAAACAGCUGCAGCCCUCAUUAGCACACCUGAGACAGGUUGUCUACUUUAAAGUGCAAAUCUGUGCAGGGAACUAGCUCAGUGGGUGUCUGUGGGUUAACUGGGUGCUGAUGGGUUCUUCAAAGGCUUCAGGGGCAGAAAGUGUAAGUACUGAUUUUGAGAUCUAUACUAUGUGAAAAGACAAAAUCUUUCAUGUGAAAAAAGUUGUAGUAAAGAGGUUGUGUAUGGUAGUAAGUAAAAUUACUGUUCCAACUGCA